GCAAACGAACUAUGACGAGAACGUCAUUGGUUUGGCAUAUGUGAGAACAAUCUGUAACCCGGGUUACUCUGCUGGUAUUGAUUCUGUAAGUGACUAACCGUUGUUAAUUGCCAUGUAGACGCGUACGAACCGAUAGGGGUAUAUUAGAAUUGUCAUUGGGAUCAAAGACAAAUAUAUUUGUGCGAGAAGCAUGAGGAUAAUUUAUUGUCAACAAUAACAGUCUCAUUGAAUAACUGCUAAAUAAACAAUGUUCUUGAAUUUAGAUAAACAUAAUUUGAAACAUGUUACAGUGCGAAUGACAUUGGCUACUAACUCUUGACGAAGGGCCUUCGCUCGAAAUGUCGAAUUUCUGCUUGUUUUUUAAGGUAGUAACUAAUAUAACCAUGCACUCAGCACAGCAUUUUUUUCAUAUUUGAUCAUGUAGGAUACGAUGUCUAAUGCAGCAUUCACGGGUGUUGUGAUGGCGCAUGAAAUGGGACAUAAUUUCGGUCUCUUUCACGAUGAUGGUAAAUAUUUUCUUCAUAUUUUUAUUCAUAAUAGUUACGCUAUUUAGCACCAUCCUCCAUACCAGUAUAUCACUGCGACAGUUACCACCAGAAAAUUAUACUAUUUUUGUUUUCAAGGUUGCGCGAUGUGUCCAUCAGACGGGUGUAUUAUGAACGGUGUCAUAAGGUGACUUGUUUUGCUAUUAAGAUAUUUAAACAUGAGAUUUCAGUAGAUUUCGAAGGCCCUUCGCGUUCACUUAGAAGAGUUAGCCAGUAGAUACAGCUGUGUUUAGUCAGUUUCAUUAUGAUAUGAUUCCAGGAGAUGUCAGAAUUCUCUGUCUAUUUUCGUGCUGCAUGAACACAAAGAUUUCCCUAAUUUCUCCAAUACAUUUUUUAAAGUAUACGGAAGAACUUUCAUGUGUUUUUAUAAACAUGUGUUUUUUAUAAACUAAUAUAUUUUAAAUAUUUUUAGGUCAACACCAGAGGCGUUUUCUCAGUGCAGCAUUGAUGAUCUUGAGACUUUACUUUUGGAUAAUGUUGGACAUUGUCUGUUUAACCAACCAACAAUG